AUGCCAGUCGAGUACAAGUUUUUGACGCAGGAGCAGCGGGACCACUUUCUGGAGCACGGGUGGCUCAAGAUUCCCAAUGCGAUCCAGAAGAAGUAUGUUGACGAUUUCAUGUCAAACUAUUGGAUUCGCAUGGACUAUGAUGAGCACGAUCCCUCGACAUGGAAAGAAGAAUACGUCAAGCUGCCGCGUCAUCGGGAUAUUCCCGUCUCCGAGUUCUGCCCUGAUGCCUAUAAGGCGAUCUGUGAUAUCGUUGGGGGCGAGGAGCGUCUCGACCCUGUGCGAAACAGCAUGCACGGCGACCAAUUCAUCGUCAACAACGGGAGCGAGUACUGGGAGAAGAACGAGUAUCCUCCUCAGACCGCCAAGGGCUGGCACACCGACAAUGACUGGUAUCGCCAGUUCCUCGACUCGGGUGAGAUCGCACUCACGAUCAUCCACCUGUUCACGGACAUCGAGCCGCGUGGUGGGGGGACGUACAUCUGCGAAGAUGGGAUGAAAGGCGUGUGUAAGUUCUUCCUCAAGCACAGGGAGGGUCUCGAUCCACCAUUCCCGCCCGAGACAUACGCGCACAUCAAAGAUUGCAAAGUGUUCACUGAGAUGACUGGCAAAGCAGGAGAUACGUUUAUCACCCAUGUGUACCUGCCACACGCCGCCUCGCAGAAUCACAUCCGCAAGCCACGGGUGAUUUCCAACCCCCACGUUUCCCUCUCCUCCCCGUUCGACUUCUCCCGCCCCGCCGCCGACCUCUCCCUUGUAGAGCAAGUCGUCCUCCGGGCGCUCGGACGCCCUCUCUCCCCGGAAGAGUACCUCCCAACCGCUCCAAGGCGGAGCUACUAUCCCAGGAACUACACGUACAAAGCCGCGCGCAUCGAGGAAGAGCUCGAGCGGCUCACCGCCGCCGCGGAAAAGCAGGGCAAAGGCAAAGAGAGCGUGGAUAGUGUCUAUUUACGAGGGGGCGAGGAAUUGGAAGCGUUCAAUUUGCGCCAGGGACUGGAUAAGCCUCAUGGACCGAAUAAGUUCCCGGAGGGGACGAGGAAUCAUAUUUUUAUGGAGAGCAAGCGGGCGGUGGACAACCCUGUGGAGCCGAUGUGA